UUGGCUGGGCCGGACCGGGGUUGCGGGUCGCGGUGCCGCCCACGCGAGCGGGGGUCCGCGUGAGGCCCAGGAGCGGCUCCAGGGAGGGGACGCGUCCUAUCUCCGGCCGGGGUUAAAGUUCUGGUCCUGGUGAGAUGCUGGAAGCUGCUGCGGCAGCCGCUACGCGCCCGGUCGCCGUCCUGUCGCCAGCCCCCGCCGCCCCGGGCCAUGUUCGCCCGGAGUCUGCCCUUGUGCUUGCUCCUGGUGGUCGCAGUCGAGAGUCACCUGGGGGCUCUGGGGCCCAAGAACGUCUCGCAGAAAGACGCGGAGUUUGAGCGCACCUACGCGGACGACGUCAACAGCGAGCUGGUCAACAUCUACACCUUCAACCACACCGUGACCCGCAACCGGACUGAGGGCGUGCGAGUGUCUGUGAAUGUCCUGAACAAGCAGAAAGAGGCGCCUUUGCUGUUCGUGGUCCGCCAGAAAGAGGCUGUUGUGUCCUUCCAGGUGCCCCUAAUCCUGCGAGGGCUGUAUCAGCGUAAGUACCUCUACCAAAAAGUUGAACGAACUCUGUGUCAACCCCCCACCAAGAAUGAAUCUGAGGUCCAGUUUUUCUAUGUGGAUGUGUCCACCCUGUCACCAGUCAACACCACUUACCAGCUCCGAGUCAACCGUGUGGACAAUUUUGUACUCAGGACUGGGGAGCCGUUUACCUUCAAUACCACUGCAGCCCAGCCCCAGUACUUUAAAUAUGAGUUUCCUGAUGGCGUAGACUCUGUAAUUGUCAAGGUGACUUCCAAGAAGGCCUUCCCCUGCUCAGUCGUCUCCAUCCAGGAUGUCCUGUGCCCUGUCUAUGAUCUAGACAACAACGUGGCCUUCAUUGGCAUGUACCAGACUAUGACUAAGAAGGCAGCCAUCACUGUGCAGCGUAAAGACUUCCCCAGCAACAGCUUUUAUGUGGUAGUGGUGGUGAAGACCGAGGACCAGGCCUGCGGAGGGUCCUUGCCCUUCUACCCUUUUGUGGAAGAUGAUCCGGUAGAUCAAGGGCAUCGUCAGAAAACCCUGUCAGUACUGGUUUCUCAAGCUGUCACAUCUGAGGCCUACGUUAGUGGAAUGCUCUUCUGCCUGGGCAUAUUUCUCUCCUUCUACCUGCUGACCGUGCUCCUUGCCUGUUGGGAGAACUGGAGGCAAAGGAAGAAGACACUGCUGGUGGCCAUAGACCGAGCCUGCCCAGAAAGUGAUAUCCUGGAAACUUUCCUGUGGUCUAGCUACACCGCCAGCCUGCCUCAGGCAGUGCCGCUCAGCUCAGUCUCAGGUCAUCCUCGGGUCUUGGCCGAUUCGUUUCCUGGAGGUGCCCCUUACGAGGGUUAUAACUAUGGUUCCUUCGACAAUGGUUCCGGAUCUACCGAUGGACUGGUUGAAAGCACAGGUUCAGGGGACCUCUCUUACAAUUACCAGGGGCACGACCAGUUCAAGCGGCGCCUUCCCUCUGGCCAGAUGCGGCAGCUGUGCAUUGCCAUGGACCGCUCCUUUGACCCAGUGGUUACUCGGCCACGAUUGGACUCCAUGAGCUCUGUGGAAGAGGAUGACUAUGACACACUGACUGACAUUGAUUCCGACAAAAAUGUCAUUCGCACCAAGCAAUAUCUCUGUGUGGCUGAUCUGGCACGAAAGGACAAACGUGUUUUGCGGAAAAAGUACCAGAUUUACUUCUGGAACAUAGCCACCAUUGCGGUCUUCUACGCCCUUCCUGUGGUGCAGCUGGUGAUCACCUACCAGACGGUGGUGAAUGUCACAGGGAACCAGGACAUCUGCUACUACAACUUCCUCUGUGCCCACCCACUGGGCAACCUCAGCGCCUUUAACAACAUCCUCAGCAACCUGGGGUACAUCCUGCUGGGACUGCUUUUCCUGCUCAUCAUUCUGCAGCGAGAGAUCAAUCACAACCGGGCCCUGAUGCGAAAUGACCUCUAUGCUCUGGAGUGUGGGAUCCCCAAACACUUUGGUCUAUUCUAUGCCAUGGGCACAGCACUGAUGAUGGAGGGACUGCUGAGUGCCUGUUACCAUGUCUGCCCCAACUACACCAACUUCCAGUUUGACACCUCAUUCAUGUACAUGAUUGCUGGCCUCUGCAUGCUGAAGCUCUACCAGAAGCGGCACCCAGAUAUCAACGCCAGUGCCUACAGCGCAUAUGCCUGCUUGGCCAUCGUCAUCUUCUUCUCCGUUCUGGGCGUGGUUUUUGGCAAAGGGAACACGGCCUUCUGGAUUGUCUUCUCAGUCAUCCAUAUCAUUUCCACCCUACUCCUCAGCACACAGCUCUAUUACAUGGGCCGCUGGAAGCUGGACUCUGGAAUCUUCCGCCGCAUCCUCCAUGUGCUCUACACAGACUGCAUCCGGCAGUGCAGUGGGCCCCUUUAUACGGACCGCAUGGUACUUCUGGUCAUGGGCAACAUUAUCAACUGGUCUCUGGCUGCAUAUGGACUCAUCAUGCGCCCCAAUGAUUUUGCCUCCUACUUGCUGGCAAUUGGUAUCUGCAACCUGCUGCUUUAUUUUGCCUUCUACAUCAUUAUGAAGCUCCGCAGUGGAGAGAGAAUCAAGCUCAUCCCCCUGCUCUGCAUCAUCUGCACCUCCGUGAUCUGGGGCUUUGCGCUCUUCUUCUUCUUCCAGGGACUCAGCACGUGGCAGAAAACCCCCGCAGAGUCCAGGGAACACAACCGUGACUGCAUCCUCCUUGACUUCUUUGAUGAUCAUGACAUCUGGCACUUCCUGUCCUCCAUUGCCAUGUUUGGGUCCUUCCUGGUUUUGCUGACAUUGGAUGAUGACUUAGACACAGUACAACGAGACAAGAUCUAUGUCUUCUAGCAGUAUCCUAGGACCCAGCUUCACCUUAUGGGGCCCCUUCAUCACCUGCCAGGUGCCACCAUAGCACCAAGGGUGUGAGUCCCAGCUCUGCUGCCCAGCAUCGGAUGGUUGGCAGGACAUCGAGAUUCCAGUCCAGACCUGACUCAGGACAGUUACUGGUGGCACCGAGCCUUGCAGUUGCCUCUGCUGUGGAAGAGGCCUGCUCCCCAUUCCCCAAACACUGGCCAAAUUGCUGCUUCUCAGUGUUGGGUCCUCUCCAGGACCCUUGUCCGUCCAUCUCUCUUGUCUAUCCACUGGCUCUCCUUUGUCCCUUUGGAGAAGGAAGGUGGGAGGGCAAUGUCCUGUCCCAUUUCAUGCUUCCUUCCCAUCCCUUCCCUCCUCUCAGCCUAGGACCCGCAGCCUGCCCUUCCUCCCAUGCCCUGCUCCAGGACCCUAGUCAGGUGCCUGAUUCUCUGUCCAGCACGAGGACCCCAGUUCUCUCUGGGUCUGCAGCUGGCUGCUAUCACUGCCCACUCUGACCUGCCAGGAUGGAUGCAGGUAGGAGACUUUGGGGCCUGGCCAGCUGGUGCCAGGUUUAUGGUGCUAAGGCCUGCAAGGGCCUAGGUACGACCCUUCUCCCUCGACCUGUGCUUGGAGCUGGCUCUUGAGCAGUGAGAAUCAGCCCAGUUUGAGUCUGAUCUGGGGAACUGAGUUCAGAGGUCACUUCCUCAUCCCAACAGCCACGAGAAUGAUGCCAGCACCAGGGUUGGUGGGAAGUGGCAACUCUCUGUCCCCUUCUGCACCCAAAGUCCUGCCCAGCCCCAGCUGGGGGCCUCUCAGUGCCAUUGACACUGCCCAGCGAUGUCCAGAGGCCAUGGAGGAAUAGUGCCAAGCACACAGCCCUUUCUUCCUCUUUCACGGGAGCAGGAGCCCCAGUGCCUGUUUUAGAAAGGGAGGGACAUGCCAGGUCUCUGUGUGUCCCUGGCCCUGCCUCACUACAGGACUCAGGGCUGGCUUCUGAGUUUCCGUCAGUAUUUAGCCAAGUUCUGUGUUAGUCACAUGGGCCUAAGAGCCUUGGUGUUUACAUGGAGUCACCCAGCUCUGGGCCCUGGCCACUCUGGUCCUUGGCUCCCUUUCACUCCACCAAGUCCAUUCCAGAUGCCAAGGGGGUUGUGGUCCAGGAAUGUAUUUCAUUCUCUCCACCAUGUUUUUAUAGCUCUUGGACUGGGAGAAGAGGCAGGUCUGGGUCUUUGUUUCAGAGCUCUGUUCUAUGUCUCCAUGCUAUGGUUGCAGUUCUGUUUCUAUGAAUUGAGUGCAUUCAAUAAAGACAACCAGACCUGG